GAGAGCAAGUGAGAAGUCUCGGAGCGUCCAAGAUUUUCUUGGGAAGCCAUAGAAUAGAAGAGAAGCUUUUCUAGUCUUCUUCCUUCCUUCUGUCGUCCUCUAAUUCCAAUUCUAAGUCCAUUUCCAUGGCUACUUCUCUCAUCUCAUCUCUCUCGGCUCCGUCUUCCUUAGCUCGCCAGCUGGGUCCUUCUAUUGGAUUCCCAAACUCUUCCUUUCUUCAUGGCACAAAGCUAUUCUGCGAACCAUCUUCUUUUCUAGCUUUAUCCGGAAGAGAACGACCCACUUCUCGAAGAUUCUUCGUAUCUCCAUCUGCCAAAUCGCUGGACCAUAUUCCCAAGCAGUUCAGGGAGCAAAAUCUCAAAGAUGGCUUAAUGGAUAAUUAUAAGAAUGCACCCCAGUAUCUGUAUGGCCUUUCUCCUUCCCAAAUGGACAUGUUCAUGACAGAAGAUAAUCCCGUCAGACGCCAGUCAGAAGCAGUUACAGAGGAAAGCAUCUCGUCGUCCCACAACUAUUUGAAUCAUGGAGGGAUGUGGAGUCUAUCAGGCAUGAAAGAUAAAGGUCCUUCAAAAUAUAGCAUGAGUGUAAGCAUGUACCGGGGGGGAGGAGCAAGAGGAUAUGGAAGACCCCGAACUGCUCCUCCGGAUUUGCCUUCCUUACUCUUAGAUGCUCGGAUAUGCUAUUUGGGCAUGCCUAUUGUCCCCGCUGUAACUGAACUUCUUGUUGCUCAAUUUUUGUGGUUGGAUUAUGAUAACCCUUCUAAGCCUAUCUAUUUAUACAUAAAUUCAUCUGGGACGCAGAAUGAGAAGAUGGAGACGGUUGGAUCUGAAACUGAGGCAUAUGCUAUAGCUGAUAUGAUGUCCUACGUCAAGUCAGAUGUCUACACCGUCAACUGUGGAAUGGCUUACGGUCAAGCAGCAAUGCUUCUAGCACUUGGAGCAAAGGGUUAUCGUGCGGUGCAACCUAAUUCCUCCACAAAGUUAUAUCUGCCGAAGGUCAACAGAUCAAGUGGGGCUGUCAUUGAUAUGUGGAUUAAGGCCAAGGAACUGGAUGCAAACACCGAGUAUUACAUUGAGCUACUAGCAAAAGGCAUUGGCAAAUCCAAGGAAGAAAUAGCUAAAGAUGUCCAGAGACCUAAGUAUCUCCAAGCACAAGAUGCCAUAGACUAUGGUGUUGCUGACAAAAUAAUUAGCUCGCGCGAUAUUGCAUUUGAGAAACGGGAUUACGAUGAGAUGCUUGCUCAAUCAAGAGCUAUGAAGAGGGGAGCAGGAGGCAAUCCACAAGCAGCUCCGUCUGGAUUUAGGUAAAUGACAAAGCAUAGCAUGGCUUGCAAGAUAUACAAAGGAGGAGAAGUUCUUCGUUACUUAGCUUACAUAUCUAGCCUGGUCGCAUUUGGGGAUUUGGUUGAACUUUUUGUUGUAAGAUGGGGGACUAAUGAUGUCCCAUUUCAUGACGAUAAGCAGUUGUAGUACUUAGCAAAUGCUGUAGAUGUGGGUACUUUUUGACUGGUUCUAAUGUUUUAAUAUCUUAUCCCACAAGAAAACAUGUAGAGAUUUUGUAUCUCGUGUUUCUUUGUUUCAUGUGAAUAUACUACAGUAACAGAUAUACCUUUGCUUGAUGAUGUUUAUGCUGUGAAAAUUAUGCGUACUGGGUUGUCAUCAGAA